CUGCAACAAGAAGGAUAUUCAGUCAGGAUGCAUUCUUCCAUAACCAUCUUCUACGUCUUUUUUCUCAUCUACAGCUGUCAAUGCCGACAUGAGACCUACUGGACGAAAAGGUACGAGGAUCGGCUUCCUCCCACAGACGCUCCUUCGAUGAAUGGACUCAGAGCUUACCGGAAUGAAGAAUACCAGGAUGAAGAAAAUUCUACCGCUAAUCCUUUAAGUAGUAAAGAAUUCAGCUACAGGCGGAGAAGAUAUCAGAAUCUAAGACUCAGGACAGUCCCUCCGCUAGAGCUGUCUUCUGAAGUAAGGGCGAACAAAUACCGGGAUGCGCAACAUCCAACUUAUCCUCCGUUGAAGAGCAGAGAUCACAGGAGGAAAAGUUACGAAGAUCAAGAACUUCUUACAACUUCUCCUUCCGAGGAUGAUGAAUUCGAUGCAUAUACAAAUCAUUAUCGUGAACUUUCCACCAUUUCUCCUCCUAAGAGUAAUGAAUAUGAAGACUGGAAACAAACAGCUCCCACGUCGAAGAAGAGCGAAUUCAAAGGUUACUGGAAAAAAAAGCAUGAGAAUUCAGAACUUUCUACCGUCACUCCUCCCAAAAAUGGUGAUUUAUAUCUCUGGGAAAAGGAAGAUCAGUAUGGACCACAUCCAACUGAUUCUUCUCUGAUGAAGAGCGGAUUCCGAACUUACUGGAACGAGGAUGAAGAACUAUCUACAACACCUUCUUCUACGAGUGGUGAAUUCAAAACUUGGAGAAAAGGAUAUCAGUAUCGAAAAGUUUCAACGCCAUCUCGCGGAAAUAAAAAGAAUUCUAAGAACGAGUCAGGUAGGCAAAACAAAAAAAAUAAACAACCAAAAGACGAAACUUUCUUUCUUUUAUAUCCACAGUGCAAGAAAACGAAAAAUGCUAAGCCUCCCGACUACUGUAAAGAGUAUCAUUUCUAUGAUGAUAAAGAUAAUGGUAGGGGUCCUCGUGUUUCUUUGAGAAAAGCUGAAGAUUCCUCCGAAGUAGAAGAACAUUCCAGUUUGGAAACCUCCGUGAUGGAUGAAGAGGCAAUUCUGUGGAACAUUAUAAAGAACGAAUUGUCAACUUGCAGCCUCGAGGACUUGAAAGUGUACAAUCGGAUGCUAACGGCGUUAAAGGAAGGCAAAGAGAAUACAGACCCAUAUCUGUCUAAGUUCCAGGACGAUAACUCAGACCUUCAAUUCAACAAGCCUUUGUUACCAUUCUGCGUUUUAGCGAUCAACGUAUUCCGUCAUGUAUUAGACGAAAAGACAAAAGAAGUAUGAAAAGAAAGAAAAUUACUCUGAAUCAAAGGAAUAAUGAUACAUGAGUUGGCAAC